AUGGAGAGGUUGGUAGCAAAAGAGGUUGAUGUAAGGAAGUGGAAAGAUGAUGGAUUUAGUCCCAAAAGUGAGUUGUUGUUUAUUGAGUAUUUGAAGAUUUCCAAGGUUUGUAAGGUUAGUGACAAUGGGGAUAAUGGCUAUGAGGUUACUGAAGGUGCAGAUAGACACAUUGUUAACUUAAGAGAGAAAAAAUGCACAUGCAGAACAUGGGAUCUGACUGGAAUUCCAUGUCCACAUGCAAUUAAGGCCAUGGAGCACAAGAAAAUGAUACCAAUGAAAGAUAUUCAUUGGUAUUAUAGUAAGGAGGCAUCAUUGGCAGUUUACAAACACAAGUUACAACUUGCUUGUUGGUAG